AGACGCAGCCGAUACGCUGAAGGGAAUGUAUCACUUGUUGUAGAAAAUAUCUCGGGUAGAUCUCGCGUAACUGCGUCGCAGGUAAUAAAACGUACUACUACCGAUUACAUUUUUGGAUUUACAAACCCGCGUGUGUGUCACGGAAUGUUCUGCGGCUAGUGUUUACAUUUUGUUUGAAAAGUGCAUAACUGUGUGCUAAAAGUGACAUUUUUUUUGGAUAAGUGGUUAGAAAUAAAGCAGUUUCUAUGAACGGGCAAUACGGAGGCUGGAGUGUCCAGAAAAUGGACAUGAACAUGAUGGAUCCAUUGCCGGAGAUUGAUGGUUUUGAACCUCAAACUCGCGCGCGAUCCAACACGUGGCCGCUUCCUCGUCCCGAUAACUAUGUGGAUCCCGCCGAUGAGGCGGCAGGCAACAAGUGUGUAGUGGCGGGACAGCAAGGACCGGGAUCUGUUCCUUCAGCGGUCACCACCACCGUUCCCACAAAAAAGAAUUCCAGUAGGAGAAAUGCUUGGGGUAAUCUUAGUUAUGCCGAUUUAAUAACUCAAGCUAUUAAAACAUCGCCCGAUCAACGGCUAACUCUUAGUCAAAUAUACGAGUGGAUGGUCCAGAAUGUGCCAUAUUUCAAAGAUAAAGGAGAUAGUAAUAGUUCUGCUGGCUGGAAGAACUCGAUUCGACAUAAUCUUUCCCUGCACAACAGAUUCAUGCGAGUUCAAAAUGAGGGAACAGGAAAAUCUUCUUGGUGGAUGAUCAAUCCCGAUGCCAAACCCGGCAAAUCCGUAAGGCGGAGAGCCGCUUCAAUGGAAACCAGUAAGUUUGAGAAAAAAAGAGGCAGGGCGAAGAAAAAAGUAGAGAUGAUAAAGAACGGGUAUCUACCUGACACUACACCUAGUCCUAGUUCGUCGGUUUCUGAGAGUUUAGACUUAUUUCCAGACUCACCUAUUCACAGCGGUGGUUUCCAAUUGAGCCCAGAUUUUCGACCAAGAGCAUCAUCGAACACUUCUUCGUGUGGCCGAUUGUCCCCGAUACCUUCUGUAGGAGUCGAACCCGACUGGGCGCCACACAAUCAAUUUAGCAACCAAAACUAUAGCCCAGAUAUAGUUUCCAGCGGUAAUUAUUCACCCGAUCAGUUGGCUGGUAAUCUUCAACAAGGGAUGAAGCUUGAACCAGAUACAUAUUUAGGGUAUAUGAAUGGUCAAACAGCACAACCUCCACCACCACCUUAUUCUGCUCCUUAUGAUCAGUUUCCUGGAUGUCGGGACCUCGGUGGAACCAUCCAUGCUACAUCUCCUUACGGCCUUACACAAUGUCCGAUACAUCGCAUUCAGUCAUGUUCUUGUUUACAGCCCAUAAAAGUAGAGAGUAUGUCACCGGCGGGAAUGUCUCCAUCUUACCCACACUCCGAACCAUCUCCCGACCCUCUCAACUCACAAUAUCUAAUCAACAGAAUGCAACGACCUCCCUCAAGUAGUCCUCCUCUCACUCCACAACCGACGCAACAGACCAUACCCUCGACGAUGAUGGGACAGAUGAUGGCAGCGCUCAACAAUAGCGCCAUCUUAGAUGACCUCAACAUUAACGUGGAAUCAUUGCAAGGUGGCUUUGAUUGUAAUGUCGAAGAAUUAAUUAAUCACGAACUGAAUAUGGGGGGUAGUUUGGACUUUAACUUUCCCAAUCAACAGCAUGGGAUACCCGCAGUUGGUUCAGCACAAAGUGAACCUCAUACAGGAAACACGGGUAGUCAACCUAGCGCGCCACCUACAUAUUCGACUGCUGUAACGACACCGUCGUGGGUGCAUUAACGAAAAAAUUUCAGGUUAGAAUUUGCUUAAUUUAAAUAGAUUAAUGUAACACAUCUUAAUCUUGAAUGUAGAUUACAGACUCUUGUUGAUGUCUCCAUUUUUUAAUAUAAAAUUAAUAGUAAAACA